GGCACUUUACUGCCGCUUCAUCGUAAUAUAAGAGUCAUAUGAGAAUAUGAGUCACAUUAUAUUAUGGUUUCAUUUUAGCUAAUAUUUGACCUGUUAUUUGCAUACUGAAUCAUUUUAAUCUAUUGAAUUUGCUGUAUAUGUUUUUUAUUCAUGCGCACAUGUAUCUCUUAAAUAACUGCGGCUUGUGAUGUAACUGAGCAUGACAGAAAAUAUUAGAAUGUUCUCAGCAUUUUACCAGAUCUAUUUUUAGAACGGCCACCCUUUUUUAUUGCCCAAGGUAAAGUGUGUGAUAUUGAAAGUGCAGAUGGAAAGUUUUCAUCCAAGUACACAAGUGGUUUGUCAGCAUCCUUCCUCUAAACGUUCAAAGUGUGACAUAAGAAAGCCAUGGCCUGAUCAAACUGUACAUCAGAUUUGGUUUUGUUUUGUUUUUUUACUUUAAUGAAAAACCGAAAUUAAUACAAAUCAAACAAUGCUAAAAUAUUCUUGCUCUUCUGUCCUUAGAUUGUGGUUCCCAUCAGCAUUGUGUGCCUGAACUCUCCAGAGCAGCAUGGGCAGUCGGCCCAGUAAAGAUCGGCGUGGAUCCAGCUCACAUGCUGUUCUCUUGGACACGGAGGAAAGCACUGACCUGCUGACCAUGGACAGUGGUAGAUUUGUGGUGGUGUCCCUGUACGACUAUCCGCCCAGAGGUCCGGGUGACUGCGCCAUCCGAGUGGGAGAGAGGCUCAACAUUUUGUCAGAUGAGGGAGAGUGGUGGAAAGUCAGUUCAUCGGCCACAGGAAAUGAGAGCUACAUCCCCAGCAAUUACACCGCCAAAGUGUACAACAGGUGGCAGUUUGUGGGUCUCAGUAAACAGAAAGCAGAGGAACUGCUGAUGCUCCCCCAUAAUCAGCCUGGCUCCUUCCUCAUCAGAGAGAGUGAGACCUACCCAGGUAACCACACUCUGUCAGUGCGUAAGAGCAGCUCGCAGGAGCGCGCUUCUGUCAAACACUACCGUAUCAGCUGCAUUGAGAACGGCUGGGUCUACAUCUCUCCCGGACUCACCUUCAGGACCCUCUCAGACCUGGUCGCACACUAUUCAGAAGUUUCGGACGGACUGUGCUGUACUCUGGGGGAGCCGUGCUACAUCAUUGGAUCCAACAAUGUUCCAGUGGUCACCGGCCCGCCUCCGGUUGCCGUGAAGAGGCCCACUAUAAACUGGAAAGACGUGAACAGCUCCAUGAUCUUCGGGCAGAGUAAAGACAGUGCGGAGAACUCUCUAGUGAGCGAAGGACUGAAGGAGGCCAUUAACUCGUACCUCUACAUGACGGAGGAAUGUGAGGACUGCUGUCAGCUCUGGGACACAUGAGUGGAAGACCGUCAUGAGACUUGGAGGACGAGUGUUUGAAUGAGGUUGGACUCUUGAUGCUGUGAUAUGGGAUGAACACUUUACAGAAACGAACCCAGAAACGAAAAAUGAACCAAAAUGCAUCGAAGCGUCUAUUUUCAUUUGUGUAUUUCUGCAUAAAAACAGUUUAAGAGCGAAAGCGGUGUCGGAUGAAGUUCCCGGACGCGCGCACUGACUCAUUGCUGUUCUUCCAGAGUGGGUGCUGGAGACAAAGAUGUCACAGUUUCCUGUGUGGACGCGCUCCUGGCGGACAUGAAAGAGAAAACGACUGAAGGAAAGAACGACAGAGGGGUGUGUGAGUGGGAGGGGGAACACAGCUGGGUGGCGCACACAUCCAUUUCCACUCCACUCACACUUUCUGGAACGUUAUCAGUGUCGUGCUUAUUACAAAUAUGAUCACAAUCAGAGAAUGAUACGUCACAAGAAGCACAAAGAGGCUUUAGCAAUGGUAUCAGAGUUUGAUGUCAUUUUUUGUUGAAAAUGCCAAACAAAAUACGUAUUUAUGACUUAUGACAAAUGUUGUGAAUCUUUGUAAAUAUAUAUGGUCGCUUAAAGAGAUAGUAAAGACCCAAAAAAAUGAAAACAUUUACUCACCUUCACGUCAUUCCAAGCCUGUUUGAGUUUCUUCUGUGGAACACAAAAGAUCAGUUCCAGAUCCCAUUGACUUUAGUUGUAUGGUCAAAAAAUAUAAUGGAAGUCAAUGGGAAUCGCAACAGUUUGGUUAUCAACAU